UUUUAGUCAAUAAUAGAAAGAUUGGCAAAUUCUGAAUAUAAGGGAAGGCUAACGACAAUAAGAGUAAAAUAUGAUAGGUAUUAAAUUUACAGCUGGUGUCCCUAUCUAGCUGUUUAGCGCUAAUUGGAGUUUGUUUCAUUUUCUUAUGGUAAUUUGAUCGUAACGUCGUUGGACAAUCAAGUACUCAAUCCGUUUUGGUACCUUUUUUCCAAGGACGAAAUACUGGUGUCAAUAAUUUCAUUUCUCACACCCACGGAACAACAACUCCCUUAAAGGCUUUCUGCUUGUGUUUUGUUUUUCAUAUUUUAGAGAACUCAAUUCAGCACCACCGUAACCUUGGCCUUUUCAGCAAGGACAUGAAGAACACGUUAACAGCUUAUUUACAGUUUACCUCGGCCAUCAGAUAACUAUUGAACUACGAAAAGAAAAAAAGUGUCGAAUUUGGAGUCAAAGGAAGGCAAAGUCAUCGUAGGGAAACAGAAGUGGCAAGGAAAAAACUGCUUCGGUGGAGAAAUUUUUCGAAAACAUAGACAAACAAAACAAAAACAAAAACGCUCAGGAGCUAAACACUCCUUUAGACAAAAUUAGGCCUCGGCAUGGCGGCAAAUAACACAACAGUCAGCUAUGAUUUAACCUAUGCCGGUAAUUCGUUGUACUUCUGCCAAAAACCUCCAUACCUCACCUGGGAUUUGACCGAUACAACGCUACCAUGGAUUUUAGAUGUCAUAAUAUUCACUGCUGCCCCUGUCACCACUCUUCUAAACAUUUUGGUAAUCGUCGCUCUGAGGAAAAACAGAGAACUGCAAAAAUUCUCCAACAUUUUGCUAUGCAGUAUGGCCGUCACUGAUCUCAUAACAGGAGCUGUAACAAUGCCAAUGUCAGCCAUCGUCGAUGUUCUAAUGCUUACUCGGGUUUCAGUAAAGCAUGUGUGCACGUUCGAUUCCUUGGUAAACAAACUCUUGCUAUUCACAAUGUCCAUCUCAUCUUUGUAUCACUUAACUGCAAUUGCAUGGGAGAGAUACAUGGCCAUAAAAUGUUGGAAGGACUACAGGAACAAAGUAACCAAACUUCUUCUUCAAAAGCUCGGAGCCACCGCUUGGCUGUUGGCAAUCCUCAAGCAGGUUCCAACCGUUGCGAUGAUCAUCGCUGGUGUAGACCGAAUAGUUCUCGAUCGAUGGCUUGCACUUGAAAACAUUCUGGUCAUGAUUUGUUUGUUUGCAAUUGCAUAUUUUUACAUCAUGGUGUUCCUCGGAGUACGGAAGCAAAAGCAGAACCAAACUAGCCAGGUUACUAUCAUGAUGAAAGCAAAACUCGAAUCUAAAGUUGCAAAAACAACUGGUUUAUUAACAGCUGGACUUAUUGUUUCGUUUGUUCCUUCGAUCGUCAUUGCCACGUUGGGUAACUUUUUCCCCGCAUUUCGCAUGAACUCCGCUUUCCGAUUAUCAGAGGUAUUUGUGCAGUUGAACUCUAUCUUAACUCCUGUCUUGUACUUCUACAGAGAUCGUCGUUUUCGAAACACCGUUAAAGAGUUGUUGGGAAUGAAAACAUCAACGAAUAUUCGACAAUCCGUUGACGCGACUCAAUCCUCUAAGAAAAACGAGUUAAGCAAUAAUGUAUCAAUACAGCUAUCAGCACGCAAUGGGGAAAAAACCCGCUCGAUAUUGACAACAUCCGCUUCCCCUGAAACCGCCGGAAAAGUUGACCAGGGACUUAAAGCGACUCUUAGAAGAUCCAUCUCCUAUCCAACGCUUUACAAGUGUUCCCGUGAUUCAUUCGUUCCAUGUGGUUCUCCUCCGUACGAACCCUCAUCCCACCUCACGACCAUUGCCGCAGAUCGAAAUGAAAGUUCCAAGCAGGGCAAAUGGGGAAAUAACAAAGGAAAGAUUCACCCUCUAGCUACACGUGCAAAAGAUACAAUUUCGCCGAGAAGGUCUGCAGAUCUGACUAGCAUAAAGCCAAGGUCGAAAUCAUUUUUCCCAGAUACAGCGUAACCAAUUACUGGGUGUAACAUACAGUUUUAAGGGGGGUGGUAAAAAAUACAAAUAUUUGCAAAACCAGGCGAGUUUUCUGGAUAGUUAAGCAUUUAAUGGAAAAUGUAUUGCAAGUUUUACGGUCCGAUUAAUCGACAUCAUAGUUGGGAACAUGAUUCGAAUAAUCAAAAGACAUAUAUUCCAAAGUUGAAAAUUGGAUCAUUAGCCAGUUACACUUGAUUUUUACUUAUUUUCUCUCAAAUUAUUUAACAAUUAAAAUUUAAUCGAAAAAUGUUUAAAAUA